AACAAAUGUUUCUUAGUAAAAAAGUCGGUCUACAUAAAGAAUAACAUUUAAGGCAGUUGAUUUGAAAAAGUUUCUGGAGAGUAAAUGGAAUGCUUAAAUCACGCAAAAACAAUUUUCAAAUUUGUCGCUCCUUUAAAUUAUCUCCCAUGGUAAGGCCUCUUUGUUACUUUUUAUCGGUUUCCAAUUUCUGUUCUUCAAAAAAUCAAGAAUCUCAAAAGCACAAUAUGGAUUCUCAAGAAGCAGGUUCAUCAUUGACUACUACACUCAUUUGUUUAUCUCCUAUCGAAAAUCGCUUUUUUCAUAAGUUGAUCAUGUUUUUGAAACAUUCUCUCUCACUUGCAUUAGCAGCAAGAGAAAAGGUUGAUUUCUCGCAGCUAGUAAGAGAUAAAGAGAGUGAAUGGAAUCAUCGGAGAAGCUUGGCAUGGGACUCAGCCUUCUUCACUACCCCUGGAGUAUUGGAUCAUGAAGAGUUGUUUGGGAGCUUAAAACUUGGUGAGAAUGAGAUUGACGUAAAUCAGAAGAAGGACUCCAUCAAGAAGACACUUCUUCCAUGUGUUUCUUCUGACAUCGCUACUCGUCCAAGUUUUGCAUGGGACAAUGCGUUUUUAACCGAGCCAGGUGUUCUUGAUGCGGAGGAAUUGUCGCUAGUGAACAAUGGUUUCACAAGUAACACACAGCCUCGUAACUCUGCUGAUUCCAUGACUACAACAACUGAAGGAAGCAGAUUAUCUGUGUCGAGCAUUGAGCUUGAUCUGUUUAACGACCUGAGAGCCUCUUUAAGUAAUAUGAAGGAGACGAGAGCUCAAGAGAUCCAACGCAAGUUACCAGAUGGUAACAAGAGAGCUAAGUGGUACAAACUGAAAAGUCAACGUUUGAGUCUCAUUCCUCAACCAAAAGCGUAUACUCCUUCUUCUUCAUCGUCAUUGUCAUCUUCAGUCUCCAAAUCUUUGACUCCUCGUCAAGCUAAACCUGAGAAGAAAGUUGUUGCAAGUGAACUCGGGCAUAAGGGAUCAAAAUCUAUCACACGAUCAUCUUAUUCUGGAUAUAAAGGGAAGGAUUUGGCAUCAUCAUCCUCUGGUCUGAGGUUACCCUUGCCAAAGAUGGGUUUCUUCGACUCGGAGAACGAGGGAGAUAAAGAAAACAAAGAACCAAAUGCUUCUGCAAACACAAGAAGAAGACACAAGUCGAAACUCGGAACGCUUUCUCCAAAAGAAACCCCUAACGUUUUGGGCCAACACAAGACUCGAAAGUGAAACGGGCAAUAGCGACUAUACUUUGGUCUUGUGUGCGUUGCAAGGAACCGUUCAUUCGUCUGUCAUAUUGACUACUGAAUCAAUGUUUCUUGUUGGAU